AUGUCGGCACCAGAAGAGGUUGCCCAGAUGGGUCCAACCAGCAAUCUCCUCUCGUUGGAGAACAGUGAAAGUCACUCUAAUAACCACGAGACAGAAUGCAUCUUGGGAGAUCAGAUUCAGAAAGAUGGAGGCAAUAGCGCCAUUCCUACAGAAAAUGUCGGAAAUCUUUCUGUUCAAGAACCCAUUGAACCAUCGAUGGCGUCGGGAGCCAAGCCUCUCCCAUAUGUGAAGCUCAACAGGGACAAAGACCCGAAAGGCGUGGCUUUUCUCACCAAUCUCUACAAAGGUCUCCAGACUGCUUUAGAGGAUGGUUCGGAAAGCGAUAAUGACGACCAGAACAACGCAGCCAAAGGUGCUGACACCGCUCUGCGUUCCAAGUGCUGGACCGAGAAUUCCUCGAGUCGAGUAUCUGAGACCAGCACAGACGAGGACCGUCCAGAGGGGCCAACUCACCAAGGCCAUCCUUGGGAGUCCGAUGAAGAAGACGAUUCAGACAGUGAGUUCGAUGACGAUGAAGAUGCUGCAGGUAAAGAGCACAGGGAGACUAGCCUUGUAACAUACAAGACAGCUUUUGGACCAAUCACGCUCGACACGACUCAAAAUGCAGCCAUCAUGGAUGAUAACUGUUCGGUCAUUGUGCAGACUCACCAGAAGCCUGCCGCCACUACUCCUGGUGUUGAUCUCAUCACAGAUGAUACGACUCGAGAAUCAGUCACCAUGAAAGAAGAUCAUUCAGAGAUCAACCAGACGCUCCCCCGCUCAGUUUCAGCUCCCAUCGGACCCAUGGCAAGACCAGAAAGCUUUCGUAACGAGUUUUACGAAGUGAAGCAAUCUGCCACUGCGGGUUACGGUGCCUUUGCGUUGCAGAAGUUGGUCGAGGGCCAGACAAUCCUCAUCGAGAAGUCGCUCUUUCAUGCACAUGACAAAACGCUGCGCAGUGAGAUCCGGAAGUUGAGCCCAGAGCUACGCCGAGCUUUUGACCGGAUGCACGGUAACGGGAUCCACGAGCAUUCUACCAUUCUAGAAAGACGCGAUGCGAAAUUCAAGACAAAUACCUUUAUGAUGAACCAGCAGGACCAAGGCGUCUUUUUGACAGCAUCAAAGUUCAAUCAUGCCUGUGUCCCAAACAACAACGUAGCGUACACGUAUGACAAGCAACACGACUGCAUGGUCUUCACCGUUGAAAGAGAUAUUGAGGCAGGUGAUGAGUUGUUCAUCACUUACGGAAAGGAUCCAGAAGAUCUCUUUAAGCAAUACGGAUUCAUCUGUCGCUGUCGCAGCUGCCAGUCUUUGACCCAUAAGCAGAUUGAGAAGAUCAGAAACUAUGGGUUGUGA